ACGAGCGAAUAGAAGGAAUAGAAUUAGUAAAGAAGGAAGGGGGCGGAUGGCGCUAAGAUGGAGGUGAGCGAGAUAUGGUGAGACAUUCGUCGGCGAUACUUACGGAACAUCUACGAGAGCGGGCACAGGGAGAGAUCAAGGUGAUGGGAGGACAGCAGGUGAGGGAGUGGGCGAAGAUGAUUUCAGGAUUAGUGGCGGUUCCUAUUGAUCGAAACCCUGGGGGAACCCUGGUAGUAUGCCCUGUUCUCUAUCUCCACGCGUGCAGGAUGACUUUUAACUGGAACGCUAGCUUCGUUCCGGUUUUAGAGACGGAAGAGCAGAUUAUCUGUGAGAUGAAGGAGAGGUAUAGGCGAGAAGGGCUUGGCAAUAUAGCGGCCUGGGGAAAGAUCAGUAGGAUUGGAAGAGCGUACAUUUUGCCAAAAGACAAGGAUAUCGAAAGGUGGAGACCGAUCUCACCCACAUCCAGCGAUCCGGCGAGGCUAGCUAGUGCGAGACUGGGGAGAGCAACAAGGUACAUGAUGUUCGCCGUUGGGGAUGAGCUGCACUUUGAUCUUCGCUCCACGGAUGUCCUGAAAUGUAAAUGCUUGGAGAUUCAGAAUAGUUUAGAGGAGAAGUGUGUGAGUGUGUGGGCACGGAGUUACGAUGUGAAGGACAUGUUCGUGAAGCUGUCGCAUGGAAGCAUUAUGAAAGCAAUCAGCUGGGUGAUCGAUCACCAUCGCCGAAAAAAUCUGGUGGGAGUAAGGGUAAGUCGGAGAGGUAAGUUAUGUAUGAUGGCACAGAAUCCGAGAGGGAGUGAGGGUUUCAUAUUGAUGAAGUUUGAACAGAUCAAGAAGGCAGUGAAGUUCGAACUCAACAAUGCAUUCACUAUCUGUGCGAGCGAAAUCCUGAAGCAGGUAUUUGGGAUACCUAUGGGGCGAAAUUCCAGCCCAGCACUUGCGUGCCUUGUAUGUGCGAGAUCUGAAGCAGCUUUCUUGGACUCACUAGGGGCAGACAGAAGGUUGGUGAAAGGCAUGAGAAUGAUUGAUGACGCUGCUAUUAUAGAAGGAUUGGAAGACGAGGAAGAGGAAUCUACACGGAAGGCGGAUCGGAUUCUGAGUAGGUUCGAGGAAUGCUAUGAUGAGAGUUUGAAUUUGGUAAGGAAGGACAACGAGAGUAACUCGAUGGAAUUCUUGGGGACGAGGAUUUUUGUCGACAUUGCACCAAUUGCCAUCCAUGUGUUUCCAAGGACGAGAAAUCAGAUGUCGUUGGCAGAGACCGGGCAGUUGAAGGUGCACUCGAUGCAGGACUUCCACUCAUUUUCCAAAAAAUUGACAAAAAGAGCAACACUUUUGGCAAGCAUGCUGAGGGCAUACAAAAUGUCCACGUCAGAUGAGGCAACAGUGGCAACCAUAUCUACAGUUGUAAUGGUAGCAAACCUCCGGGGGUAUCCCUCAAAGGUCUCUCUUGGUGCUUUGGCCCGGUUUGCCAAACUGUCCGGGAGUCACUGGGGAGCUACGCUCUCCAUGUUGUACCCCGGAAUGGAAAGAGUAUGGGUCCUCUGACUUGAAUGUCCGGAUAGGCGAAAUGGGCCAGUAUACACUAAUUAGAUGCUGGGUAGUUGGAACGCUAAUGUACUAUCGUCAAUUUUGGGGUCGGGUGCAUAUGGAUUUUUGCUUUUUUGGAAAACUCGUUCGGUUGGGUCCGUUUGUUUUCAUUUUUUCGGUCUUGUUUUUGGUUUUAGUUUCAUUUGGUUUCGUUUUUUUCAUUUUUUUGCCUGUUUCUGGCCUCACUUUCGGCCCUGUGAAGUAUCUUUCGGAUAAUGUAUGGUAUAUUUAGCAAGGGAAUCGCCGCGUGAAUCAGGUAUGGAAAAGGGGAAGGUUCAUCAAUGCAGUAGGAGUAGCAAAGCCGGAAUAGU